AUGGGAGACGACGCACCCGUCAUAGUUAUUCCGACUAACUAUGGUCGUAUUGAAGAAUUCAAUGAUAAAGGCGAUUGGAUAGAGUAUACGGAAAGACUCGAUCACUAUUUCGAGGCCAACGAAAUAAAUAAUGCUGAAAAGAAAAGAGCAAUAUUGUUGAGUGCCUGUGGUCAAAGGACAUAUAAAUUAAUCAGGAAUUUAUGUGCACCUACUAAACCGAAAGAUAAAACGUUUAAGGACAUAGUGGAUUUAGUUAAAACUCAUCAGCAUCCAAAACCGUCUUCAAUUGUAGAAAGAUGCAGAUUCAAUAGCAGAGUCAGACAUCCAGACGAGUCAGUGAGUCAGUUCGUGGCUGAACUCAGGAGUCUAUCAGAACAUUGUGACUAUAAAGAUACACUUGAUCACAUGUUAAGAGACAUGCUCGUGUGUGGAAUUAAAGAUGAUAGGAUUCAGCGACGUUUAUUAGCAGAGACCGACCUAACAUUUAAGAGGGCGAUGGAUAUUUCAACGGCAAUGGAAAUGGCUGCUAAAAAUGCACAGGAUAUCCAGGCCAGUGGAAUACUUCAAAAUUCCGUGAAUAAAGUAACUAAAGGGAAGCCAAGGAGCAACUACAGUCAAAACAGUCAACAUGAACAAUCUGAUUGUUACAGAUGUGGAGGUAACCACAAAGCCGCAGAAUGUAGAUUUAGAGAUGCCAAAUGUCAUAUAUGCCAAAAGAAAGGACAUAUUGCAAAACAAUGCAGGAAUAGGGAUGACCGUAAUCCACAAUUUCAAAGAAGUAAUGCAAAUUCUGGAUCAAGAUUUUACAAAAAGCAAGCACACUUCGUUGAGCAGAAUGCCAGUGAAAAUUCUGGAAGCGACAGUGAAAACGAAGUAUAUUCGGUUUUUAUCUUGGGAUAUAGCUGCGAUGCAUAUAAAGUUGAUAUACAAGUGAAUAAUAAAAACAUUAUCAUGGAAAUAGAUACAGGAGCCUCCGUUUCAAUAAUGAGUGAGGAGACGUAUAAAGAAUUUGAAUCGAAGUUCAAGUUAGAGCCGACUUCAGUAAAACUUCGAACGUAUCUUGGGGAUUCCAUUCCUGUGUUAGGACGUGCAACCGUAAACGUAACAUAUCAGAAGGAAAAUGUUAAACUUCCGUUAUUUGUGGUGAAACGGAAAGGUCCGAACUUAUUAGGUCGAGAUUGGAUCAGCAAGAUUCAACUCAACUGGAAGGAAAUUUUCGCAGUACAUGUAUCGAAAGAUCAACCAGGUUUGGAGGAGACAUUAUCUACUUACACCGACGUAUUCAAGGAUGAAUUGGGGGCUAUAAGGGGAGUUAAAGCAAAGAUCUAUGUCGAUGAAAAUGCAACACCAAAGUAUUUCAAGGCCCGCCCAUUACCAUAUGCGUUGAAAGAAAAGGUAGAACUAGAGUUAGAAGGUUUGGAAAAGAGAGGACAAAUAAGUAGAGUCGAGUUUUUGGAAUGGGCCGCACCUAUAGUACCUAUUGUGAAAGAAAAUGGAUCUAUAAGAAUAUGCGGAGAUUAUAAAAUAACAGUGAAUAGAGUGUCAAAGUUGGAUAACUAUCCAAUACCGAAAACCGAGGAUUUAUACGCCACGUUGGCAGGAGGGGAAGAAUAUACAAAACUGGAUUUAGCCCAAGCUUAUCAACAGAUUGAAUUGGAGGAGAAUUCUAAACAAUACACCACAAUAAACACGCACAAGGGUUUGUUUCAAUAUCACCGUCUACCAUUUGGAGUUUCUUCAAGUGCUGGGAUUUUUCAACGAACAUUAGAGAACAUUAUACAGGGGAUUCCUAAUGUACUUGUCCGCGUUGAUGAUAUUUUGAUCACCGGGAAGGACAGGAACGAACAUUUGAAAACAUUACAUGAAGUGCUCAGUCGUUUCCAGAAGGCAGGUAUGUUGAAUUAUUACAACCGAUUUCUACCAAAUUUGUCAACUUUGCUUCAACCAUUACACAAGUUACUCCAAAAGAAUAUUACUUGGGAGUGGAAAGAGGAACAAGAGAAAGCGUUUGUAGAUUCAAAAACAUUGUUAACUUCAUCUAAAGUGUUAAUUCACUUUGAUCCAAAGAAAAAAAUCAUACUAGCUUGUGAUGCGUCAACUUAUGGUGUAGGUGCAGUGCUUAGCCACAAGACAGAACAUGGAGAUCAACCGAUAGCGUUUACAUCGAGAACUUUGACAUCUGCCGAAAAAAAUUAUUCCGUGCUCGAGAAAGAAAGCUUGGCAAUAAUUUUCGGAAUUAAGAAAUUCCAUCAGUAUUUGUAUGGAAACCCAGUGACAAUAUUAACAGACCAUAAGCCGAUCAUAGGGUUAUUUCGUGAGGAUAAAGCCGUACCCACAAUGGCAGCGUCACGCAUUCAAAGAUGGGCGUUAACUCUUAGUGCAUAUGAGUAUACCAUGGUUUACCGAGAAGGGAGUAAAAACGGGAAUGCUGAUGGACUAAGCAGACUACCGUUAAAAAUCAAGGAUUCAAAAACACCCGUUCCAGGAGACACAAUACUAUUGAUGGAACAUUUGGAUAACACACCAGUGAACGCGAAAUCAAUCAAGAAAUGGACGCACAAGGACACCGUAUUGUCAGUAGUUCUAAGGUGCAUAUUGAAUGGAUGGCCUAGUAACAGUCAGAAUGAGGAGAUACAGCCGUAUUUUACUCGUAAAAGUGAGUUGAGCGCUCAGGAUGGCUGCAUAUUAUGGGGAGGAAGAGUAGUCAUUCCAAAGCAAGGACGUGAGUCCAUGUUAACAGAGCUUCACCAGGGACAUCCUGGUAUAACACGCAUGAAACAGUUAGCAAGGAGUUAUAUCUGGUGGCCAGGACUUGACAGUGAUUUGGAAAAAACCGUUAUCAAUUGUCAAAAUUGUCAAGAAAGUAAAAAGUUGCCUGCCGAGGCACCGUUACACCCGUGGGAGUAUCCUAACCGUCCGUGGUCUAGACUCCAUUUAGAUUUUGCAGGACCGUUCAUGAACAAAAUGUUUCUAGUCAUCGUGGAUGCCUAUUCCAAAUGGAUUGAUAUACAUAUCAUGAGCUCGACUACAAGCGAAGCUACAAUUGAUAAGCUGAAACAAACGUUCGCUACUCAUGGCUUAUGCGACUUGAUCAUAACAGAUAACGGAACCGCUUUCACUAGCAGGGAAUUUGCAGAAUUCAUCCGAGUGAACGGUAUCAAACAUAGAACAACCGCACCGUGGCAUCCUGCAAGUAAUGGAUGUGCAGAACGGGCUGUUCAAACUUUUAAAGAGGGAAUGAAGAAGAUAAAAUCAGGAACAGUUCAAGACAAGCUCAAUAGUUUCCUAUUCAACUAUCGAAGGACACCACAAACAACAACAGGAAUAGCACCGUCUGAAUUACUUAUGAAGAGACAGUUGCAGUCAAGAUUAAAUCUUGUAUUUCCCAACAUUGACGAAAAAGUGGUUGAAAAACAAUUCAAACAGAAAACGUACCACGAUAAAACAGCAAAACACAGAACAAUCGAAGUAGGAGAACUCGUAUUCGCGAGGAAUUUCGUUGUUAACUCCAAACUGAAAUGGAUUAAAGGAGUUGUGGUGAAUCAGACAGGACCGUUGUCAUUCAAAAUAGAACUUUCCGAUGGACGGAUUAUACGUAGGCAUAUCGAUCAUAUCAGAAUUAGAAGUUCCGAUUGUCGAGAUACUGAAACAGGUGACAACAUAGAGACAAGUGUCACAGACAAAAGUAAUCUUGAGCUUAAGAUUACUGUACCACCGUUAUCUACAGAGCAACAAGACCAAGGUAUGCCAAAUCCGACAAUUAACGAAGAUUCAGAUCCAAUCAAAACAGCUGAUCCGAUUACAGAUCGAUAUCCGACAAGAGCCAGAAAACAACCAGCGUAUUUAAAGGAUUAUGUGCAUAAAUAA